CAGUUUACCAAAUCAUCUCUAUUCAACCUAAUCGAAGCCCUUAUUCAAAUCGUUGUUAUUAUAGAAUAUAAACAAGCGAUUCAGAUAUCCAUCCUUGAUCUAUUCCAUAAAGAUUAUAAUAAAUAUCAAGCUUUUGUUGUACAAACUGAUCUCUAUUAUAUUUUUAACAAAUAACUUUUCUUAACUUUUAUACAAAGGAUUUUAUAAUUAAUCUCUUUUUUCUAUAAAACUAUAUUCAAUUGAAUUAAAUCAUUUUUCAAUAAUUUAAUAAUCAAGAUUAUUAAUAGAUAAUUGAACAAGAGUAUGAAAUCUGAGAUUCAUUAUCUUUUCUUUAAUUAUAAAUCAUUCAGAUAGAAAUUUGAUAAAGUAUUCAGGGAAGUAAACCCUGAUCAUAUAACUGAAAAAGCAUUACAACAAUUCAGACAGAUCGGGUCAGUCAUAAUCUACACUAUCAAGUUUCAAUAAUACACCAAGUAUAUUAUAUAGAAUGAUAAUUAUCUAAAAUCAUAAUUCUAUAAAGGAUUAAAAGAUAUUAUCAAAAAUGAAUUAACAAAAGCUUCAAAACCAUCUAAUCUUUUCAAAUUAAUCGAAACCUUUAUUUUUAUUAAUAAUCAAUUCUAUAAACAACAAAUGAAAAAAAAAGAAAUCAUUCAGGAAAACAGGAAGUUCCAAAAACCUUAUCAUCAGAACAAACAUUACAAUACUAACGAUCCAAUAGAAUUGAAUGAUAUCGAACAAUAUUAUAUAAAGCCAAACAAUUUAAAUAUUGAUGAAAAGAAAAGAUAUAAAAAGAAUAAUUUAUACUUUAUUUACAGAAAAAGCAAACAUAUAUCUUGAGAUUGUUCUCAAAAGAAGAAAUUAUUCAUUAUAAAAGAUAGAAAACAAAUAAGAUUUGAGAAUAGAAAAUAAGAUUCUCGAAAAACAAGGAUUUUGAAAGAAAGUUUAAAGGAAAUAAGAUUAUUGGAAAAAGAUCUAUCUCAAUUCAAUUUUGAAUAAUUAAAAGAAUUGAAUAUCAAUAAUCAAAACUCUAAAACCAAUAUUAAAAACAAUAUCGUU